AUCCUACACGAAAAUGUGAAAAUUAAACAAUACAAACCUAGUUAUGUCAACAAAUCAACUGAUAUUACAAAAUUUUUUCGUAAAAAAAGUAAAUAAAUACUCCUGUUCGGUUUUGUUUCUACACUAAUUAAAUUUCUUGAAACUUCUAAUCGAAUUUCCUAAUGUAACGAUAAGAAAAGCAAACAUUUCAAGUGAAGAACAAAUAAUUGAAAUGUGAUCAACUGAAGGUAUGCUUCAAGCUUCGAGUGUUACGAUAAGCCUAAUAAUUCAAUUUACACAUUCAACCGAACGUACUAUUCACACAUUGUUUUUUCACUCCGAUCAAGAUGCCUUCGAAAAAGUUUAGAAUCGUUCACAGAAUCCCCAAUUCCAAUAUCUUGGUCGACUACUGGAAAUCUUUGACUCAGGAUAAAUAUUACAGAUUUAUGACUUACUUGAGGAUUGGCGCUGAUGAUUCUAUAAAAGAUAUUUGCGAGUCGACCUACACAAUCUACACUUCGUUAUUUAAUAAGUGGUAUCUUAUUACAUAUUACCAAGUAUCAGAGCAUAGAAUUGUCGAGUUACGUGAAAACGAAACUAUAACCGUUCUCGAUGACCAAUCGAAGCCGGCUUUUUCAGUUACAGCUUUCGAUGCUAACUAUUAUACCGGUAGUUUGAUGUUCUUAUUUCAAGGAUCGUUCGGUAAUGUACUUUAUACCGGAUUUUUUCGACCAUCUUCCUUUGAUUCUAUUUUUGAAGCUCCCAUAUUGAAAGCUGUGGUUGAUAAAGGGGAGCUGGAUGUUGCGUUCAUCGAUAACACGUAUGCAGCAGAACACUGCGAAUUUCCCUCCAGGAGUGAAAUCAUGGAUCAGAUCGUGACGUGUUUGAGGCAACACCCUAAGCAUAAAAUAGCUAUUUCUGGAAAACGUUUGGGAAAAGAAGAAAUUCUGUUGGAUAUUGCUAAAGCUUUAGACGAAAAGAUACACGUUUCCGAAGAGAAAUUUAUUAUCCUGUCGAGAUUAAAUCUACAAAGUCAUUUUACGACGGAUAAAAAAAAGAGCAGAAUCUACGCCUGUGAUUAUAUUAUAAAUCCUAAAGAAUGCAUGAAAAUGCAAGCCGAAGAAGGACCUUACAUCAUUAUUCUUCUAACCGCUUUCUACCACUGUAAUCGUAUGAGCAGUAACGAAGAAUUCAGCGUACCAGGACUGUACAUAUUUCCAUACAGUGGUCAUUGCAGUCAUUCGGAAUUAGUACGUUUCAUAUCGUUCCUUAAACCUCGCGAUGUUCAGCCCAUAAUCAAAUUCAUGACAGAUGAACAUUCGAUUAUACCUCAAAGCAUUUAUAAACUGUGUUACAAACCGCUCGCUUUGACCGAUUCAGCCUGUACGUGUAAAUCAAUCGAUUCUCAAAAGUUUUACACUUGCGACGCUGGAAAUUCGCAAAAUUUUUGUUCGUGUAAAUCGCAAGCUUCGGUGCCCGGUACGAGUUCAUCCAGCCCCACAGACAUGAUCACCGUUUACGAUUCGGCUCAGAAACAAGAAAUGAUCGAUAACGCCAUCAACGAAUUGAAAUCGUUCAACGAUGUCGAUGAUUUCCUCGAAUCUGUCUCCGAUCUUAGCAGCGUUAGUAAUUUCGGUCAAGAUGUUAGCGAAUCCAUUAUGUCUGUGAGUACGAUCGAGAUAGCUGGUAAUUUACACGAGUCGUUGUUCCAUAACCUGAUGUCAAAUUCUGGCGAUUCGAGUGAUGCGAUAUUUUACACGAGUACGACCACCGGUGAAAGUAGCUCGCAGCAGAGUAACGUAAUCCCGCCUACGAAUACUUCUAGUCCUGUUUUACCUGCGGAUACUCAAAAUGUCGAUCGAGUUGAACAAACUAACGAAACGUUAGUACCGGAGACUCGACUCAGUUUCUCAGUUUCCAAGUCUACCUCGCCUUUGCAGAAUGCUAAAGCGUUUUACAAAUGCUUCGAUAACGUGAUUUCCACCUCUACUACGGUUUUAACCAACGACUUGACUAAAACGUCGAAAAAAAUUUGUAAUUUAUCGUCGCAAGAUGAAGUACACUCGACUAAUACCUACGUAGAGAACGACAUAGCUGAAAAUGUGAUAAGCAGCACGAAUAAUGAUAGCUUUCCUGAUAUUACAUCGCCUCCAGUUCAAGAGCCAGUCGAAAAACAAGGAACCAGUAUUUCGGUAACGGUGGGUGAUGUCGAUAUCGAUAUUCGGUCAGAUUUAGAUUUACAAGAUAUGACGGAUAAAGAUGAACCUUCGGUGGCUCCUAUUACGAGUAACGAAGUUCACGUCGAAAAACAACCCGAGGUUAUUAAAACAUACGAAGAGAAAUCCGUGCAAACCGAGCUGACUCUUGAGAGCUUAUUGCAGCUAGAGAAGAGCUCUGUACCUCAGAAGUCGCCCAGUGAGGCUGAACCUUCCGUAGCUCAAAAUCAAGCUAUGCCUGAUGCCACCGAAGAUGUGACUCGACUCAUCGCCAAGUAUGUUUCUACGAAUAAGCGAGCUGUAUUCGAUGUGAAUCAGUAUUUCGGAAAACGCUGCAAUAAACGUGGUUCAGAAUUGUGUACGAUUCCAAGCUGUCAAGAAUGUCGAUCUCUAGAAGAGCAGGCGAAGAGAAGGAAAUUGAUUAAAAAUACACUGUAUAAUUCAGCCAUGACUAUGAACUCUCCUUGUAUCGUACCUAAUAAUAUGGAAUUUUAUAGACAUUUAAAAGGCUAUAAUAUGGCGCAUCCUAUUUAUAAAAAUCAGCUGAAUUUUUGAUGCAUUUUCGUUCGUUUGACUUUUUAUUACGUUACCUUGGUAUCUAAAGUUUCCUUUUUUAUGUUUUAUUAUAAUUUAUAAGUGUUACUAUGUAUAGUGAAUCUUGAUAGUGAUUCAUAUCCUUUGUAUUACGUUUAUUCAUAUCAUUUUUUCAAAAUUGUAGGUGUGAUUUUAUGUUAGUAUACUAAAUGUGAAGGAGCUUACAAUUCAUUUUUGGUAUUUAAUUUAUUUUUAUUAAUUGCGAAGUAAGCGUUUUUAUAUUUAAGAAAAAUUGAAAUUUCAAGUGAUUAUUUUUUAUGUAUGAAAUGCAGUAUUUUGUUACAAAGUAAGGACUUUUUUUUUCACGUCUGGUUUUCCCUUACUAUAACGUUGGAAUUUUCCUGUGAGAAUAAUUAUGUUCUAAAGUGAUUUUAUAUGUUUGUUGAAGUAAAUUAUAUUGAUUUCGAUUUUCGA